AUGUCGGCAUCGGAUCGCAUCUCGCGACCCACCAAUCCAGAUGGUCUCGUCCUCGAGGCAUGGGGCCAGGGCCUCAUGCUGGGCUCGCUGCUGGUCAUGGCCGCCGUGACCUUUGCCAACAUGAAGAAACACAUCCUGCUGCAUAAACUGAUUCUGGCGGAGUUGAUCCUGGCCAUGCCGAAUGGCACCUUCAUCUUCCCCAAGGACCCCGUCUACGGGUGGUACCAGAGCGUCACGGCCAUCGGGCUGAAUAUCUCCUGGAGCCUGCACAAUGUGAUCGCGUGGAUGAAGAACCGCCCGUUCAUGUCGAGGAAGGUCUCGCUGUUCUACAUCGGCACGGUGAUCCUGGUGCAGCCCUACUGGGUGCUGGAGAUUUAUGCGAAUUUUGCGUAUUUCAACAACUACAACAAGAUCUUUCUGACGACGAGGCCGCUAGAGCCUCUCUUUCGUGACCCCUGGUGGGUGUUUACCACCUGCUCCCUCUUCUACACCAUCAAGCGCGAAUACAACUUUGGGAUCAUCGAGCUCGUCAGCGUCUCCCCGCGAUUCGGCAUCAUGCUGGCGUCCAUGUGUCUCUCCAUUGCCUUCAUGAUCGUCGAUACCUGCAGCGUCCUCAACGUGUUCAGCCAUUCUUCCUUGCCGACGGGGAUCGAGCCAUUCUGGAAGUUAUCGUUUAUCUUCAAAUGUCUCUGCGACACCGUCAUCCUCGACGACUUCAAAACCGCCCUGGACCGCAUGCGCGCCUACUGGCUUCGGAAACGGAACAUGGGCGGCGAGAUCCUGUUACAUACCGGCGAGCACCACCACCAGCAUCAUCGCAUCGAGGGCAGUGGACGGGGACGCCCGACGGACGAGGACAUCGAGGCACUGACGGGGAAUGGGGGGAGUGGAGGGAGAGAUGGGGCUCGGCGGAAAUCGGAGUUUUCGGUGCCAAAGGUGUAUACGCGCGAGCAUGUCAGGGAGUAG